AUGAUAUCGCUAUCGGUGUCAGAUACGAGGUUUUCUGCAGAGAAGGCCUCGGAAACGUGGGUCUCGGAGGAUGUUGACCGUGCCAAGGAGCUGUUUCCUGGAGGCGACUCUAGAGCAUCCAUUUCAGAAGAUCCUCUUUUCCGCCCGACGACGAGGUAUUCCUCCUCAGUCAGACCCUUCAUAGCUGGGCCAUCAACAGGGCCGGUUGUCCGUGUCACUCCAACAAGAAUCCACAUCAGCGAUCCCAACUACUCCAACGAGUGCGUCAAUCUGCACCCCAUCAACUUCUAUUUACUCACGGUCGCACAGAAUAUACAGCAUUGCCGGCGCAGCCAAAUACCUCAAGGACCCAAGUUCUUCUCCACCAGCGGGGGGAUCAAGCAUUCGGUCAUCAUGCUCACAGACCCAGCGGUGCACAGGGUGAGAUGGAAGACCAUCCAAUACCUUUUCUCGCCAAAAGGGAUGGAAGAGCUGUCUCCUCGAGUUGAAGAAGUCGUGAAGAAGGGGUUCGAAAAGCUACGGCUCUCCUACGAGGAGAACACACCGGUGGACAUGAAUCGUAUCAUCAAAGGAGUCACAGUGGAUACUAUCAUGCGCCUGAUGUUCGACAAAGCAUUCGGCCUGAUUAGGAGGAACCGGCAUUCGUGA